AUACAGGUUGUUAGCAAACUUUUUAAAAGCCACAAGGAAGCCGAUAAGGCAGAGUUUCUCAACCUUGGCUGCUUUAAGAUCUUGCCAGCUGGGGAAUUCUGGGAGUUGAAGUCCAGAGAUCUAAAAGCACCUCAGGCUGAAAAAAAAAGUGCAGAAGCCAUGAAAUUUUCCCUCUUACUCUUCUUCUGGGCUGUUCUAAACGGUGGCAUCUCGACGUAUCGGCCCAUCGCGCUUGCGCCCUGCGAAAUGAGAAACCUGGAGGCCUUUUGUCAGAACGUGGAUCUUCACCAGGUGCCUCCAGAGCUUCACCCCGACGUGUCUAAAAUUGACGCCUCCGGAAAUAAGAUUCGAAAUGUCACCGAGAGGCCCCUGACCUUCUACGCUUCCCUCCGUCACUUGGACUUAAGUUCCAACCUGAUCGGAUUUGUCAAACCUGGGAUUUUUGCGGAGAUGAAGAACCUGCUGGACAUCAACUUGGCCAACAACCAGCUCUAUCUGUUGGCGCAGGAAGAUCUGUGGGUUGGGUUACUACCCCAAGUCAGGAGACUAGACCUGUCUCGCAACAGUCUCUACAGCGGGAUGGCAGAACAUUUCAUUCACCAGGCGCCUUCGUUGCGCUAUCUUUCCUUGGCGGAAAACAGCAUCAUACACAUCUCCCAGAGCAUGUUCCAAGGGUCUCCAGAGCUGGUGGAAGUCAACCUGCACAACAACAUGAUUAUGGAGAUAGAAGAAGGCGCGUUUGAGAGCAUGAUGCAUCUCACCAAGCUGAAUCUCUCCAUGAACUCCCUCACUUGCAUCGUUGAGUUCAACCUCAGGCAGUUGGAAGUUCUCGACCUCAGUCGGAACAGCAUCGAGUCCUUCCACUCCACCCAGUCGGUGGAGGACUUCAACUUGAUCUGGCUUGACCUGAGUGAGAACAAGCUCCUUCGCUUCCCCGUUCUCCCUCAAGGAAACAAGCUGGCUUACUUGAACCUAACCAAUAACAUCAUGCAAUUUGUUAUGGUGGACUCCCAUAGCGACGUAAACUACCAGUGGGAAGAUGGGCCUCAAUAUCCCAACAAUUCCCGUCCUCCCUACUUACCUGCCCUGUUGUCCUUGGACCUCAGUUACAAUGAGAUCCAAUCCAUCCCAAGCCAAUUCUUUGACUCCAUGUUGUCCCUCCAAUUCCUUAAUUUAAGCAAAAAUUGCCUGCAGACUUUUGGGACAAGCAAUGAGUUGGCCUUGUUGUCCGUCCUUGACCUUAGCUGCAACUCUUUGAAGAACCUUAAGUUGGAGUCCAACACCUUGAGAGGUUUGCGGGAGUUCCACCUCCAAGAUAACCAUCUUCAAGAGUUGCGUCCAGAUAUCUUUCAAGGUCUCCCAUAUCUCCAGUGGCUUGACCUGAGGAACAACAAAGUCCACCUCUGUGACUCGCAUUCAGGAUCAAGAAGGCAACGAUUGUCUCCUAAUGUUCCUCACAGUUGUGUCUCGUUUGUGCGAGUUCCCAAACUUCAAUAUUUGUAUCUUUCGGCCAAUCGUUUGAAGAACCUACCCAUGUACAACUUCUUCGGGACUAAGCUUAGGGUACUGGAUGUCUCCAUGAACUGGGGACUUCAGAUAGAAGCCAAAUCAUUGGUAGGCUUGGAAUUCUCGCUGGAAUAUCUGGAUUUACACGGGAAUGGCCUGACCACUCUGAACGUGGAUUUUUCUCUUUUUCCUCACCUCAGGUAUCUCAAUCUAUCGGACAAUCAGCUUAGCUGGUUGCCUGCUUGGUCAGAAGACUGUUGUGUCCUUGAAGUCUUAGAUCUUCACAACAACAGCUUCAACAGCUUGAAAAAUAGCCAGAUCCCAACUCUGGAAAAAAACCUACGGAAUUUGUACCUGGUAGGGAACCCGCUGAGUUGUUGUGGAAACAUCUGGCUCUCUCAAAUGAUCCAUAAAGCCGUGGUGGAGAUCCCUGAUCUAGACUUGGUCAAGUGUCAGUUUGCCCGGAGUUUGGGAUUUGAGGAAGAAGAGGUCCACAUGAGCCACGUCAGGCCAGAAGACUGCGAGAGAGAGGACCUCAAGAACAUGAGUGUUUUGAUAUUUUUGGCGAUCCUGCUGGUUCUCUCGCUGAUCGUCAUCGGAGUGGGUCUCGUUUGUUGUUAUCGGAGACACUUAUUCGGGCGCCAUUACAAGGUGUAGACCAAGAGAGAUCUCGCACAGUUGCAUUUCCCUCUCUUGGACCCUGGAGCCAAAGUCCAGGUGAUUCGAUUCCACCAGGGAGUUUUCAAAACACUGUGAAAGUUCGGAUGAUAAGAUGGUGACUCAUUCUUACGCCCAAGUCGUCGUUCAGGGAGAACAUUGGCGAAGAUACGCUCUUAUGGAUUCAGGGAGGACAUGGGGCCAUGGUACUCCCUUAUGGAUCUAGAACUGGGCUUCCCAACCUUGGCAACAUAAAG